AGGUGGUGUGGUGUGAAGAUCCCAUUGUCUUCACCUUCCUCGCUGGUGGCGUGCUGGUCUGGCGCCCUCGGUGGCUUCGAAGCCGUCAACAGCACGGGCGUCGCUGCUGUGUGGCUGACGGUUGGCUCGCCGCCGCAAGUCCAGGGCACGCCGGGGCCAAUCUACAGGCGUGAGCUGCCAGUGGCGCCUUUGAGUGGCUCUUCAUGGCCCAGCUACAUCAACAGCGGCACCUACAACGUCUCGGUGCACAUGUACGGCCGCAGCGCGCCUGGCGCCGACAGUCCUGGCCCCGUGCAGGUGUCCAUCUGCGAAAUGCCGAGCAGGUGCCUGGCGCCUUUGGAUCUGCGGGAGUUGCCGGAGGGCGAGGUCUCGGUGGACACCACCCGGACCUGGAGUGGUACGACCCUCUUCCCGCGAGGAGUGCUUGUCACCUCGCUGUCUACAGAUCCCUACCUCGCGGAAUACGUCGAUGUGGCGCUUCAUGGGCAGUGGCGGCGCUUCCCAUUGAACCGUUGGCUCUUAAUGCAAGACGGUCAUGCGGAGAACCUGUGGGAAAGCUACACUCCACCGCCCCUCCCCAGCGCAGCACCAACGGAUUCCCUCUACACCGAGGGCGACCGUUGUGGUGGCUGCGGCUUGGGCACCAUCUGCCGAGAGCGGCCACAGACGGCCCUGGAGCUGGCGAAGCAGGGCAUCUCCCUGGCGUUGGCCACCACCGUCUACAUGACCUGGGACUGCCUCUUUGCUUGUGGGGACGGCCUAGUGCUGGGCGAGGAGCAAUGUGACGAUGGUAACUUGGAAGCUUUCGACGGCUGCGACGCCAACUGCCAGGUGGAACCGGGCUUUGUGUGCGACGGCUCCACGGGAACCGCCCCCUCACAGUGUCGGCCCAACAGCUGCGGCGCUGCGCCCAACCCCACAAGCGUGCCAUGUCAGGCUGGCGACGAGGCAGAGGUGGUGUCCUGCCGGAGGACCAGCGCGCUGGACGCAUGCCAAAGCGGCAAUGCCAUGGCACCCCCGGAGAUGCAUGCUGGCUGCGUCAGUGGAGACCAACGCUGUGAAGUCGCAGCCGCGCACCCGAAGGCGGUGGUGGCGAUGUUGGUCCAGGGCGCGAUGCUGGUGGCCUUCGAUACUGCCGUGGCGGAGUGGAACGGCACCAGCUGUGGGACUGAGCUGGACUGCAGCACGCUCUUCUCCCCCACCACGGUGGCCGAGCUCGGCGACGGCGCCAGCUGCAUCCAAGGCUCGCUGCGGCACUGGAUGGUGCGCCUGGGCUUUGGUGCUGCGCUGGGCCUUGAGGCAUCCAUGGCAGUCUUUGUGCUCGAUACCGCGCGACAGUACCAUCGCUUGGAUGCGGCCAUUGAGGUGAGCCGUCCCUUCGAGUACCCCUCCCAGCGGCUCUUCCUGGGUCCCGCCCUCCGAGAGGCUGAGAACUUCGAGCAGCCCCGAGUGGUUUUGAGGGGUCCACAGACCUGGGGCCCCUGCGGCAACGUGGUGGUGGAUGGGUCCCUGUCCACCGGCAGCGGCGGCCGGCCGUGGACAUUCGCCCGCUGGCGCUGCACUGGGGACCCCUCACACUGUGCGGAGAUCUACCCGCACAUGCCCAACAGCUGCAACCAAUUGACGCCCCUGGCAAAAGCGGGCUUGGCCGUGGGCUCCGUGGCGUGCGGCCUCCUCCUCACGAUCCCGGAGUCCGUGGUCAACAAGCUGACGGUCUCGUUGGCUGUUGUGGUUGUCUACUUGAAGCUGGAGAACGCAUACGGGCACUGGGCCGAGGCCGAGCACACGAUCCGAUUCACGGUUGAUCGACUUCCACUGGCCGUGGCGCUCACGGAUGAGGAGGUCUUUGUGGACCAGGGCAGCCGCAUCAGGCUGGAGCUCUCUGUUGGGCCAGCACUUCCCGUCGCCUCGCAAGGUGCCGGCAGUGCGUGCGGUGCUCUUGGCCCUGUGUCGCUGGAGUGGCGCUACGGCCUUGGAAGCAUCGACGUGGGACAGGUGUGGGAAACUAUGGCCACUCCGCCGCCCUCUUUGUUGGCUACGCUGGCUGCCAAGACUGCAACCCUGGAGGGAUACCUGGGAGCACUGGACGUGCCGGGCACAAACUGGACUCUGGCGGCACGUGUCUUUCACGUUGCUGGGAGUUCAGAGCCCGUCUACAUGCCCUUCAAGAUUGUGGUGAGGCCACAGCCGCCGGCCAUCCGGCUGCAGGCCCCGGUGCGGAUCUCCGACGGCUGCGGCUUUGCGGUGGUGGCAGAGACCAGUGGUGUGACGGGUGACCCCUACAUCACCUGGAAAUGCGUGGCGCUGGACGUAGUGGAGCUAAACAGCCAGGAAGCCGCGACCUGUGCCGCCCGGGCCAUGCAGACGCGGCAGUCCGUGUUGAGCCUCCCGUCAUUGGUCCCUGGCGUGUAUCAGAUUGAAGCCACGUUGGACACCGAGCCAAAGCCCACGACCACAGCUUUCGUGACGGUGGAGACGAACUCAGGGCCGCAAGUGCAGAUCCUGGAGCCGGUUGUGCCAAUCGUGCGGUCAGGAGAAGCAGAGGCUGUGCGCUUCCGGGUGCGGCUCCAAGCCACGGCCUGCGGCAAGGGAGCGCUGGCGGCAGCGGUGGUGGUGCUCUCCGCAGUGCCCGGAGACCGUGGCGCGGCAAGGCCCUCCAUGGUGCUGGCUGCAAGCGUCAUGAACAUCUCUGCGGAUCUUCAGGGGGACGACACCUUUGAGGCCACGGUUCCUCUCUCAUCGCUGGCUCUUGGCUUGUCUCACACCUUUCAGCUGCUACUAGCUGAAGGCUCCGAGGCACGACAGGCCAUGGUACAACACACCGCUGGUAUCACUGCUGCUGUGCCAGCCACAUUGGAAGUUCCAACCCAGGUGUGGGCGUACUACAGCGCACCCGUCACUCGCGUCCAGCCGCCCUUGGCGCGGCUCUUCGUGGACCCGGCCGCGGGGUUUGCCACGCGGACGCUUUUCAAGCUUCGGGCCAGGGCGCUGUGCGCAGGCUGCGUGUACUCCUUCCGGCUGGCACCCCGGCGCAUGGACUUGAACAUAAACAUCAGCAAUGCCACAGUCGGCUGUCCAUGCGACUGGGCCACUGAGAACUGGCAGGAUCUUCGGGAACGGAGUUUGGAUCCAGAGGCAACACUGCCUUUGAUGAAAGGCAACUACGUGCUGGAGGUCAGAGUCCAAUCUCCUGAGGGGGGCACGGCUGAAGCUUGCACUGACGUGGACGUCACAGACUCGGACUUCAGCCUCGAUGGCUCCGAAACUGCCAGUGAGGUUGCGCAGCUGAUCGUCACCUGGACCUCGGACGCCUCCAAGUCCAUCGCCACGCUGCGGGCCAUCCAGCGGCCCACGCUGCUGGUACAAUCCUUGGAAUCCAUCGCUCUGGAGUUCCCGGCGGUGGACACCUUGGCGUCCAGCGAGAGUGAUCCCGUGCUGCGCCAGCUCUACACGGAGCUCUGCGAGGGUGCCGGCGACGCAGUGUGGGGCUUGCCUGAAUCCGAGUUCGUAGUCGCAAGGCGUUUGUCCACUGCUGAGCCCCUUCUGACCAGAACGCUGCAGUCAGUGCAGACGUCCAUGCAGGCGGCAUUUCCGCUUCUAACGCUGACGGAGCUGUGGCAAACGCUCCACGUGCUGGACACGGUGCUGGAGCGCAACGGGCAGCUGAAGGGUGUGCUGGGUCCUGGGUCAGCAGGGAAGCCCUUCUUGUCCUUCCCCAUGCUUGCGCUGGCAGAUUUGGUCCUGGUGAAAGCAUUCUAUAUUGCGAACUCCACCUUUUCUGUUAUCACUCGCAGCGAUUGCAGUGCGCUGGUGGACCGGGUGAUGACCACGACGCUGGGCAUAGGGGAUGCCUCGGCGGCCACGGGGAAUUUCAACUCCGUGCCGCUGGAGGUGUCAAACAGCGGCCGGGCAUUGAUUCUCAGCAGCCGGAGCUUUGAGAGCUUCAGCUUCAUUUCGUCCGGGCUGAACGUGGACCUCACCACACAAACGAUCGUGGACCGGCCCUAUCCAGGUUUGACAAUUCCGCCGGUCUUUGGCGACCGGUACAAUGCACUGGUGGACAACGUCACUACGCUGGGCGGACCACCACUUUGUUUAGGACAAGAGAACACUUUGAUGGGCCGCUUCGACCUCCUGAUUCUGCAGUGGGGCUUCAAUACCCUUGCCGUGGGCGCCCGAUUGGGCAGCCUCGCACCCAGCGGCGGAGCCUUGAUCUCCGUGCGGGAUAUCCGCAUCCGAAGCUGCGGUGUGGAUGUGCCACUGGGCCCUGCCGCGCUGGACGGCCAGGACAUCGAGCUGCUUUGGGAAUUGCCGGAGCCUGUCAUUGCAGAGAGGAGAUGGGGCUAUGGCAACAUCUCGCCCUUCCGAUGCGUGCGAUGGGUCUCCUCGGGCAUCGGACGACCUGGCCAGUGGCUGGUGGAGGGUUGCACCAGUGUCUACAGAGGCAAGGAGGAAGCCCCCGUUGGUGACAAGGAAGGCCUUGCCGAGGGAGUGCUGCGCUGCAGGUGCAGCAGCCUCAUCCCGGGCACGUGGGCCGUGGAGAUCGUGCCACGACCAGAGGUCUUUGUGGAGCCCCCGCCAGUGGCCAACACAUCGUUGCGCACUUUGGUGGCCUAUGGAGUGCUGAUGCUGUGGCUUCCUUUCUUGGUGCCGCUAAUCAUGUGGGCGCUGGUGGGCGACCUCAUCUUGAAUCUCUAUGGGCAGGAGGCCACUCGCAAGCUGGCAGAGAGCCUGUUGCCGGCAGCUCUCCACUACAGAGGGGUGUGGGAAGAGGUAGAAGCAAAGUUUACAGCUGUGCCUUGGCCCCUGCGUUGUGCGGUGUCCUUGCACCUCGCGGCUUUUCGGCGGCUGAUCUGCCCUGGGCGAGAACGCCGCCAGCGCUGGCGUGAGAAUGCAAAGGACUUGUUGCGCUACCGAGAUGCGCUUUGCUAUGCGCGUUUGCGGGGCAGCCGCGUGGUGCCCUUCGAAGAGGAGAAGGUCACAGAAGGACCAGUGCAGGAUCCGACCAUUCGAGAAAGAGCUCCAGUUGCAAGGUGGCGCAAAGGCCCGGCAGCGCUGCCGGCAUCGCCAUCCGGGCCGGGACAAGUCGGACAGGCACAAGAUUUGCGCGAGCAGAAAGGCGAGCUCAAGGACAGGCGGCCAAGCCAGAGCCAGCCGAGGCCUGAGAUCGUGAAAGGCAACCAGGUCUUUGAGGCUGAGCACACGAAGGCUGCUUUGAACUUGACAGAGCAGGAUUGGUCCGAGCAGGUUCGCGGGCAAGUCACUGGUACGGGUGUGCAGCGUGCGCUCCCGGAGGGCUGGAUCGCCCAGUCAGCCGCCAGCUACGGAGGCCAAGUCUACUACGUCAAUUUGAUCAAUGGCAGAUCUGCUUGGGAAAUGCCAACGCAGCCCGCGGUGAAGGUGCUUUCAAUGCAGGAGCUGCGGGAUUUGUUGGGCCCGGCAGCAGACGGCGUGGCGUUAAGGAGGCAGCUGGAGGAGAUGCUGCGACCACGCAUUGCAGAGAGGCUGGCAGCAAUGGAUGCAGCUGCUGGCAGCCAGG